UACUCAGGUUGACGCUCCAUUGACUAUGCGCCCAGUACAGGUUGUUUCGUGGGCUAAGACAAACUGUAAUAAUGAAAUAUUUAUAUUUUUUCUUGGACACAAGGAUAAGACAUAAAUAAACAGACAUUUCACUACUGUAGUUUUGACUGUGGAUCGGCGCGGAAUGGCAAACUUGGAGUAGCUGAACAAAUCCUAUGGCACACCAGUUAUUUUUUGAAACUGUUAAUUAAGGAUUGGGAUAUAACUUAUUUUAUAGACAGAGACAUUUAAAGUGAGCUAAGAUGCCGCCGCCGGAGCUGAUCACGGUCACGGAAUUUGUGGCCGAAACUAAUGAGGACUACAAAGCGCCCACAACCUCAAACUUCACCACUCGGAUGUCGCAUUGUCGGAACGCCGUGGCAGCAUUGGAAGAGGCUCUAGACGUAGACCGAGGAGUACUUUCCAAGAUCAAGAAGUCUGUCAAGGCCAUAAACAACUCUGGCCUGGCCCACUUUGACAAUGAGGAACAGUACAUCCAGUCUAUGGAGAAGUUUGGGGACAACUGUGUCUGUAGAGAGGACCCUGAGGUGGGCUCAGCCUUCCUCAAGUUUGCCGUCUUUACCAAAGAGCUCACAGCCCUCUUCAAGAACCUGUUGCAGAACAUGAACAACAUCAUUACCUUCCCCUUAGACAGUCUACUGAAAGGAGACCUGAAAGGGGUCAAAGGGGAUCUGAAAAAGCCUUUUGAUAAAGCCUGGAAAGAUUACGAAACUAAACUCACUAAGAUAGAGAAGGAGAAGAAGGAGCACGCUAAGCAGCACGGGAUGAUACGGACAGAGUUCAGUGGCGGAGAGAUCGCUGAGGAGAUGGAGAAGGAGAGACGCCUCUUUCAGUUCCAGAUGUGCGAGUAUCUUCUAAAAGUGAAUGAAAUCGAAACGAAAAAGAGGGUCGACUUCCUCCAGAACCUCAUCAAAUAUUUCCACGCCCAGUGCAACUUCUUCCAGGAUGGGCUAAUCGCAGUGAAUAGCCUCAAACCUUCCAUAGAGAAACUGACGACAGACUUGAUUACAAUCAAACAGACCCAAGAUGGAGAGAGGAAACAGCUGAGUCAGCUCAGAGAUGUUCUCAAGUCCUCCCUACUGUCUGAACAGAAAGAGGACUCCCAGGCCAAACAGACUGGAUACAGCCUUCAUCAGCUCCAGGGGAAUAAGGCCUACGGCACGGAAUACUGUGGAAUUCUCUAUAAGAGGAGCGAGGGCCUGAGGAAAGUGUGGCAGAAGAGGAAGUGUUCUGUGAAGAACGGGUUCCUGACUAUCUCCCAUGGAACGGCGAACAGACCACCAGCUAAACUCAACCUGCUAACCUGUCAAGUGAAGCUCAACCCAGAUGAGAAGAAAAGCUUUGAUCUCUUCUCCCAUGACAGAACCUAUCACUUUCAAGCUGAGGAAGAGACUGAGUGUCAGAUAUGGAUCUCAGUCCUGCAGAACAGUAAGGAGGAGGCGCUGAACAAUGCCUUCAAAGGAGACCAGGAUGAGGGAGGGGAGAACAACAUAGUGCAGGCGCUGACCAAGGCCAUCGUCAGCGAGGUCAAGAGGAUGAGCGGCAACGACGUCUGCUGUGACUGUGGAGCGCCCAAGCCCACCUGGCUCUCCACUAACCUGGGAGUGCUCAUCUGCAUCGAGUGUUCUGGAAUCCACAGGGAGAUGGGCGUCCACUAUUCUAGAAUACAGUCUCUCACACUGGACGUCCUGGGAACCGCAGAGCUCUUGCUGGCAAAAAAUGUGGGCAAUGCAGGUUUCAAUGAGAUCAUGGAAGCGGACCUGUCUGCACAGGGCGUGACCAAACCCAACCCCUCCAGUGACAUGCAGACGCGGAAGGACUACAUCACAGCCAAGUACACAGAGAAGAAGUUUGUUCAGAGGAAGUGUGCAGACGCGGAGUCCAGGCUGCACGUCCUGUGUGAGGCAGUGAAGACCCGAAACAUCCUCUCCCUCAUCCAGGUUUACGCUGAAGGAGUGGACCUGAUGGAGACCAUACCGCUGGCCAAUGAGCAUGAACCGGGUGAGACGGCACUACAUCUAGCAGUGCGAAUGGUGGACCGCAACUCCCUCCAUAUUGUGGACUUCCUGACCCAGAACAGUGGCAACCUGGAGAAGCAGACAGCCAAAGGGAGCACGGCACUGCACUACUGCUGCCUGACAGACAACAGUGAAUGUCUGAAACUGCUGCUGCGGGGCAGGGCCUCGGUCAGUAUUGCCAAUGAGGCAGGAGAAACACCAAUGGACAUCGCCAAGCGCCUCAGACAUUCGCAGUGUGAAGUGCUGCUGACCCAGGCUAUGACGGGGAAGUUUAAUGUCCAUGUGCAUGUGGAAUAUGAGUGGCGGCUCCAGAACGAAGACGACGAUCUGGACGAGAGCGAAGACGAGAUGGAGGACAAGCCCAUCCCCCAAAGACGGCCAGAGCAGGAGCGUCCGGUCAGCUGUUUUGUCCCAGGAAAUGGUCCCAUGGGUCCCAUGCCUGGAGGUCGCAACAUGGCCUCCCUGGCCCACGACGCAGCCAGCCUGGUCAGGGACAAGCAGAGAGCCCAUGUCCCCAGCAUGAUGAUGAACAAUGAGACCUAUGGCGCCAUCCUGGACCUCAGCCCCACUCCCCGCGGCAUGUCAGGGGGACCGGGGUUAAACAUCCCACCCCUGCCCCCCAGGAACGCCAGCAAAGGGUGGAAGCAGGCUCAUAUGGAGGUGGUGGGUAGACAGAGGUCCUCCUCAGACCCCCCGAACCCUCACAUCCCGGAGCGUAACAGCUCCAUGAAUGUGUUUCCCCCAGCUGUUCCACCUGCUGCUCCGCCUCCCCUGGUGAGUAAAAGGACCAGUGUGAUGGAGUCUAGAAGCCAUAAGACUGCUCCUCUACCACCACUACCUUCAGUAUUACCUGGGCCUCCAGUGUCCACCAUCAUCCCACUACCACCAUUCCUGCCAACAGUGCCCCAUGCACCCUCCUUCCGACCCACACAGCCCCCUCCUGUGCCCGCCCACCAUCCCAGAAGCAGAGCCACACGGUCCAAAUCAACUAAAUCACCCACUAGUUCAGAUAAACCCAUGCCUAAAGGACCACCCGGCAGGCUUGCUGGACCCACUAAUAGAUCUGUAAAGAAUGCACCUGUAACUGGAUCCCCUCAGAGCUUUGGUCCAACUCCUCCACCAACACCCAAGCCCCGCGUUAACCUCCCUAAACAGAGGCCCAGGAGGGUGAAAGCCCUCUACAACUGUUUAGCUGAUAACCCAGAUGAGCUGACGUUCACUGAGGGAGAGGUGAUUGUAGUGGAUGGAGAGGAGGACCAGGAGUGGUGGAAAGGACAUAUAGAGGGGGAUUCGACUAGGAGAGGAGUCUUCCCUACGACAUUUGUGCACUUAAUCAUUGAUUGAUGCAUCUGAUGGUGUGACCGAAGCUGUCGCUCACUACUAGGCUGUGUUUAUCUGUUUUUGUCCAAAAUUGCACCCUAUUCCCUAUGUAGUGCACUACUUUUGACCAGAGCCCUAUAAGUAGUGCACUGUAUAAGAAAUAGGGUAUCGUUUGGGAGAAAAACAAUGUCUAUGAGUGAAAGAGGUGUGGGAUGUGCACAUCACGUGUGUGGGUGGUGAUAUUCUCAUGCAUCCAAACAGCCAAAGAUGAUGACUAGGUGACCUCUGACUUACCAACAGAAUGUUCUAAUCUACAAUGCUGGAAGACGUCAAAAUAUUUGGGGGAAAAAUGGGGGAAACUGUUCAACCCACAUGCUAAGUUUUGAGAAAGUAUCCUUCCACUUGGUUUGCUGGGACAACUGGAAAUAACUGGAGCAAGAUUCUGCUUGAUUAUAUUUUAUUUAAAGUCCACACAGUACAGUGCAUCCUUGAGGGUACAGUCAAACUUGAGUCUUUUAAAUUCAAUAUUGCAAUUGUGUUAUCAAUUCAGACGCGUACUGAAAGUGUAACUUGGUAUAAUAAAAAACAUAUUGUACUACAACCAGUCAAAGUCUAUAUAUUACAUCAGUCAUUACAUUGCUGUGUAUCACCGAGCAUGAUCAUCCUAUGACAGCGUCUGCUGAUGGGAAACUGAUAUGUUUGAAUCUAACAUUGAAAGAAAUCUAAUUUAUCAAGAGAGCAUUUGUGAAUAUAUGAUGCUGGCAAAAGGGUUGCAGGGUAACUCUGUAUGUAUAUCGUAGCUGUAACAUUUGAGAUAAUUGAAAGGAAUGUACAUCCUAUAUUUUCCUCUUCCCUCAUGUUCUUUACAUGUCCAUGGUUAUUCAUUAAAACGUGAAAUGGC